GAUGGCAAGAAUCAGACGAAUGGAGAAAGCUGUUUGCUGGAGCGAUGACAGAUACUGGGCAACUUGGGACAAGUGGGGAGAGGUGAUUGACUGGGGAGAUGAGAAAGAGCUGUGCUCCCCAGCAGAAUCACCUUCUGACCAGGCUGACAGUUCCACUGAGUCACAUUCCCGAAGGCGAAUUGCCAAGGCAGUUAGCUGGACGGAUGAUGCUUAUUGGGCAGCCUGGGACAAGUGGGAAGAGAUCAUCUGCUGGGGUGAUGAAGAGGAGUGCUCCCAAGUAACUCCACCCACUAGCCAGCUUGGUAGGGAUAAGGGGAUAGAUGUACAUGGGUUGGAGGCUUUUGUGAUGAAUAACAGGACAAUCUCCAUAAAGCCUGUAGACAACCAUCGAGACAGUCUGGAGAUAGGAGCUGUGCUGGUAGACCUCUGCCAGUUUGAUCUCGAAUAUUUAGAUCAAAGUAAAUUUGAUUUUGAAAUUGUACAAGUACAAAUUGGAGAAGUCAAAGUGGAGGAGACUAGAGAAAAGGCUUUUGAAAAAGCAUUUGAAUUGGAAAUUGUGGAUGUGGCAGUAGAAGUUAUAAACAGUGAAUUCCAGCUGAAUGCUAUGAAUUUGGAUAUUGUUGAAACUAAGGUGGACAAAUUAUUAUUGGAAGAACUGAUCGUUGGCGAUUUAGAAGCAGGCAAUGUGAAGGUGUCAGUGUCAAAUGGCAAUGUGGUGAAGGUACCCUUAAGGUACCCUCCACCACAGAGGAACAGAAGGACCAGGCAACCUUAGACCAUACUCUCUGGUGGUUGACUCGUGGCAACUGGACUUGUCUCUGAAAGUUAGAAAUGUUUCGCUGCUCAUCCAAGCAGCUUCUUCAGACUGAGGGAGGUAGUAAGUGUCCACAUAUUUAUCCUCCUGGGUAAGUAGUCUA